UCCACAUAGCGAAUUAAACGAACACGAACCACAAAGAAAAUCAGUAAUCCUGGCAAGCGCAACAAGAAUACAGCAGUUACAGCUACAAGUCGAAGCGCAUCGAGAAACAUAUUGGCAACACAUAUACAUACACAAUCACGUCCACAGAACAAAUCCGUUUAAGAAAAACGCGCUCGAAGAAUUCCGAUCUGACGCGUGCAGUGUUUGCUACCAAAUCACCCAACAAACUAGCCCUGCUUUUGAAAAUUAUCGUCUAUUAAUAUAUAGAUACGACGGACGCGUAUCUCAAAUCACUUACGACCGAUUUGUAGAGUGGCAAGGUAGCCCGAGAAAAUUUCAAGCAGCCCUCCGACUAAUUAAAGCAACAGUAUUUCCGUACGCACCCCUAAGAGUCGCGUCGUUAGUCGAAGCAUUAGUCAACCCGUCAGCAACAGGAAGAAUAUAUUUAGCAGAUUUUAGUGUAAGUGAACCAAUAAGCCGAACAAGAACACAAGAAUUACAAAAUCAAGUCGCUGAGUAUUUGCAAGUAACCGAGGCGGAAAAUAGAAAAGGAAAAGCACGAGAAAGAAAUCCGACCAGCCCCGGCAGUAUAGCAACAACUAGUAAUUAUCGUACUCCAGAUCUAGGACCACUAUAUCAACCUGACAACGAGGAAAAAGAGAAAGAACUUUCGCUUUUAGGCUCAAUUGGUACAAUCGAAUUACAAGAUAUAAACGAAAAUAGUGAAGACGAGUACGAUCCCUUACCAAACCGAGAAAUUCCAGACGAAAUAUUUGGCCACAGAGAAUUCGAAAACGACCAAGACAUACCAGAAAACGAGCGAAUUAUCCCUGAAAACCCUGCUGAUAAUAACUUAAAUCAAGACUCUGACCAAGAAGAGCCAGAACAACAAGAAGAAAAUCAGAUAGAAAAUCAAGAUCCACCUGCAAAUCAAGGUAAUCAUCAAGAAAGCGAUCAAGAAACCCUUGAAGAAAACCAAGUCGAAGACCAAAACCAAGGAAACCCACCAAAUAACCCAGACUCAUCAGGCGAAGAAUCAGAAGAAUCAUCCCAAGCAUCAUCAAGAGUAGCAAGCCCA